CAUUUUCGUAUUGACGAGCUAACUUAAAUUGUUGUGAGAAGCCUACAUUAUUCAUGACCACCGUCUAGCUGUCACUCAUAAUCUGAAAAAUUGUAGCUCAUCGCUAUCUGCACGACGAAUCAAUAGAUGACGUGUGAUGGUGUUGACAACCUUAUUGUUACAGUGCAUCCUUCAUCAGCAUACAUUAGUUACAAGUGUAUGUCUUCUUCCGAUGCGAUGAUAGCUUUCCCCAAUGGAGCAUAGGCUUCUUGUUAAACAUGGAACCCACUGUAGGCUUCAUCUUUCUUGCAAGCGUCGCUGUUGCUGCUGCUGCUGCUGCAAGUGUAUGAUGUUGCUAGCAUCGGCCGUGGUCGUAUGGGAAUGGCUAAACGAACACGGGCGCUGGCGUCCCUACAGCCCGGCCGUGUCUCAUCACAUCGAAGCGGUGAUCCGCAGCGACCCACGGGGAAGCAGUGUGGUACUAGGCCAGGUUGACUCGAGGCUGUCGCCGUACAUCAUCGACUUGCACUCCAUGCAUCAGUUUCGGCAAGACACAGGCACCCUUCGGCCGGUGCGGCGCAGCUUUUACGACCCGACUUCGGCGCCGGGUCACGGCUGGCUGUGGGAAUGGGAGAACGACUCGGGCUCGUGGACGGCCUACGACACGGAGGUGAGCAUCGCCAUCCAGGCGGCGCGUGACCGCAACCAGCCCUGGCUGGACCUGUCGCCGCUGGGCUUCUGCUACCUCAUCGACCUGCAGACCAUGACUCAGUUCAACCGGCAGACCCAGCGCCGCCGGCGCAUCCAGAGACGCUCGGACCUGGCCUACCCGCUCGUGACGGGGCCGCUGCCCAGGGCAUGGGGUAGUGGCAUGGGGGCCGGGGGUGGUGGUGGUGGUGGUGGGGUAGGAGGGGAAGGAGGCGGGGGUGCUGGGAGGUUUGGGGGUGCUGGUGGGGGUUUGCUGGGCGUGGGGGUGUCGGGGGUGGUGAGCAGGGGCAAUGGCAGUGCCUACCCGAGCGGCGCUCUCCCGGCCUCGGCCAUCACCUCGCUUGGACAGCCCUGCUCGUGCCAGCAGUGCAUGCUGGUCCUGGGCGUGAAGACGGGGUUCGGCGGUGGUGGUGGUGCGCACACGCUGGGUCGCAAGCCCCCGCCGCCCCUGCCCCCUCCUAUUCAAACUAAGCCGCCCAGCCCCAAAUCGGGACCCCCGCAGAGGGGCUACUCGUACUCGCUGACCCUCCCCCACCCCAUGUCCCUGUCCCGGGUCCUGGCCCCUCAUAGGAACUCCAUGCUGGUGUCUAGUGGGGGUGGCAUGGGGAUGGGGAUGGGGUUGGGCAUGGGUGGUGUUGGCACGAACAGCAGUAAUGGCGGCUUCGCCCACUCCCUGUCUCUGCUGGGGGCGGCCACUGCUGGACUCUCUCUCUCCUCCACACCCGCCUCUUCUUCAGCCCUGCCCUCCUCUUCCUCGUUUUCGCGCCCCCCGCCGCCCCCAAUGCCACCCCCCAUGCCACCCCCGCCUCCGCCGUCGGUUUCGACCACCACUUCCUCCGGGAUGCCGACCAUUCCUCCCGUUUCCGCGCCGACGACCGCCACCGGGGCCUCUGGGGCCAGCGUCAGCACGGUGACCGCAGCCGCUAGUGGCGGUGGCGGGCAGGCGCUCAUUUCCACAGUGACCAGCUGCGCCCCCACGCCGUCGGCACGUGUACUGGGCCCUGUGUCAUCAGCAUGUGCCGCGCCGCUUCCCCCACGCUCCAGCCUGGCAGGACUGAGUCGUCCGGCGCUGCAACGCAUUGCCAUGGCACAGUCACGGGCGUUGAUCGCAUCAGGGGUUCCCACCGUUCCAGUGAAGAACCUAAAUGGCUCCAGCCCUGUGCAUCCUGCUCUGGCAGGCAUCACAGGCAUUCUGAUGAGUGCUGCCGGUCUGCCGGUCUGUCUUACCCGGCCGCCAAAGCUGGUACUUCACCCGCCGCCCGUCAGCAAGAGCGACAUCAAGCCCGUGCCAGGCCUGGGACACUGCUGUCGCAAGACCACCAAAAAGCAGGCGCGCAAAGGAAGAACAUCAGAGGAAGUGGUGAAGAGAUACCUGCAGAAGGUCCGUAACCCCCCGGAGGAGGACUGCACCAUCUGUAUGGAGGCCCUCUCCGGCCCUUCAGGCUAUAAGGGCCCGGGCGUGGGUGGCAUCUCGCGGGUGGAGUCAGUGGGCCGCCUGGCCCUGUGCGGGCAUCAGUACCACCUGCAGUGCCUGGUGGCCAUGUACAACAACGGCAACAAGGACGGCAGCCUCCAGUGCCCCACCUGCAAGACCAUCUAUGGCGUGAAGACGGGCAACCAGCCCCCCGGCAAGAUGGAGUACCACGUCAUCCCCCACUCUCUGCCUGGGCACCCCGACUGCAAGACCAUCCGCAUCAUCUACAACAUUCCACCAGGCAUCCAGGGUCCUGAGCAUCCCAACCCCGGCAAGCCCUACACUGCCCGCGGAUUCCCCCGCCACUGCUACCUCCCAGACACGGAGAAAGGACGAAUGGUCCUGCGUUUGCUGCUGGUGGCCUGGGACCGUCGUCUCAUCUUCUCUGUGGGCACGUCCAGCACCACCGGCGAGUCGGACACCGUCAUCUGGAACGAGGUCCACCACAAGACCGAGUUCGGCUCCAACCUGACGGGCCACGGGUUCCCCGACCCGGGCCACCUGGACAACGUGCUGGAGGAGCUCCGUGCCCAGGGCAUCACCGAGGAUGAGAGCCUGAGAGACUGAGAGCAGAGAGCGACACACGGCAGAGAGGAAGAGAGAGAGGGAGAGAGAGAAAGAGAGGGAGAAACAGAGGGAGAGGGAGAGAAAGAGAGGGAGAGGGAGAGGGAAUUGAGGAGUGAGUGGAGGACGGAAGAGGUUCUCAUAUCUGAAGCUGCCAAAAAAAGAAAGAACAGAAGAAAGGGAUGAGUGAGUGUCUGGACUAAUCUUGUAACGGAGAUGAUUUUAUAAUUUUUUUUUGGUUUAUAAAUGUGAUUAUGACUUAUUUUCUUGUUUUAGUUUGUUUUGGUUUAGUUGUUUGUGAUGGGGGGGUAAAUCAGCCGUUAGUCGAGGACGAUUAGAUGUCAGGUACGUGGUUGCCAUGGUGACGACGUUGCCAUGGAGACUCCUCUCAUAGUGAUGAGAGCGAAGCCCUCAUGCUGCUGUAGAUCACAGUUGCCCAGUCUCAGUCGACCUCUCCAACGUGGUACCGCUGCUGGCGAACUGAACCUUUAUGCCUGCAGUAAACUAGUGCUAGCCGAUAGCUACAGAACUAGUGUGUCCAACACGUGUGCAGCACAGGUCAGUUUUUUGGGGUGAGCGGGGGUAACUUUCCAACAUUUUGUACAUAUGUGAAAUUGGAGUGUAUUCUGGGGGCUUUGCUGUUUGUGAGUCCUAACAACUCGGCUGUCGUCUUUGGCUGCACCUUACCACGGGUUCCGGUGAAAGCUGUUCGUUGCCACGUGGCUCAAGAAUCUUGACUGGUAGGCCAUGUUCUUUCUCGUGUUGGCCUUGAGUCCGGACUUUCUCACACAUUUUCUUUUGUUUCGUUUCUGUUUUCUUUUAGUCGUUACUAAAUAACUCAUGCCGUUGCUUUAUUUAACUCCUUUAUGUUGUUGCUGGCAUUUGGAGAGAACCCUUCUGCCAAGAAAAACCCUUUUUACUUGUCUAACUUGAAGAGACGUAUCAGUAUUAAAUCAACGGUCCGGUUGUUGUGCUUGUCAUUGCAUAACAAGCAUGAGGGUGUGAAAUGGUGUCUAAACCUUCAUGACGUCUGCCUUUGUCACAGAGGUCUCAGAAAAAAAAACACAACAAAGGUGACUAAUGAAUGAUGGUGAAUGAUUACUGCUGACAGUUGCAAAGAAAGGAGAUGAAAUGAAAUGAAUGAAGUUAUGAUUGGGCUUGGCAACAGAGUUUUGUUCUGCCAGUGGAAUGUGACCAUAGACCUUCCUUAUCUUGAAAAUGAAUGUUCUCAUUCACUUUAUUUUUUGUUUGAAAGAGCAUAGAAUUUAAAUUAAGUUAGUAUUUGAAUUGGCCCCUGAUGAGUAUUUGAUAUCAAUAUCAAUAUUUAAAAUCCUAUUAUUUUAGAAGCAGAAACUCCAUACCAAGUAGACUGUCUGAGGGUCAUUUCCCUUUCAAAACACUAUUCAGUCAGUAUUUUCAUGAAGCACCCGUGUGAAGCCGCUGUACAUACAGUUUGUUUGAUGAAACACUGAUAACUAACUCUGACUCGCCCAGAUAACUAACACUGCAGUGGGAAGGUCUGAUGGUCACUUCUAAUGAACUGGCUUUGGUGCUGUCAGAACACCUGUUGUCAGUUGUCCAGUCGGCCCUUGUUAGGUCUUUGAUUGACCUGUUUACCAAGAUGUUGAUAUAUGUUUGUUUAAAUGUGUCUGUGUCUGUGUGUGUGUGUGUAUUUGUGUGUGUGUGUGUAUUUGUGUGUGUGGGUGUGUGGGGGUGCGUGUGUGCGUGUGUGUGCGUAUGCACACAUGCAGUAUGUGGGAUACACAGACGUGUCCUACACCUGCGUUCAUAGCUCAGCCACUAAAAGUAUACUGUUUGAGUUGAUUGACACUUUUUCUUGAUUUGUUUACAUCUAAGCCAUGUUUGUUGUAUGGACAAACAUACCAUGUACUCCAUCCUUUUUGUUUGUGUUUUGUCUUUUUUAUCAUUUGUUACACAUUUUGAAUUGAUUUAUAAUUUCUCAUAUAAGCUGUUCUCAUACUAAUUUUUUUAUACUGUGAAUUUAGUUAACAGGUAUUGCACUAAACGUCACUUAAUUUCUGGUGUACUUAUUUUGAAAGUUACCAUAGACAUAACAGUAAUUGUAGAUCAUUGUUUGCCACUGUAUCGUCAGAAAAAGCAGAGGCAUUUGGCAUUUCUUUCUUUGAUGUUCAGUGCAUUGGAAUUGGAGACAGGGCACGUUUGAAGACUUGGAUGAAGCUGAGAUGGAAAAUAUUAUUGUUGCUGUAUAAAAGACCAUGUACAAACAAUCCCUUGCAUAUGAAGUAACUGCUGGAUUACUGAAUGACUAUUAAAAACAUGAAAAUGUA